AACCUGGCGGGCAAUCGACACCUGGUGAUCAAGAAAUAGACAAUAAAGAUUUAGUUAGAAUUGAUUCCUUAGAAGCUAAAGUAACAAGUAUUGCAUCCCUCUUGAAAAUAAAAGAUGUGAUCAGUACAGACGUUACUCAAGCAACUGAAAAAUCUGGACUUUUAUACCAAAUUGAAACAAACCUGACGACACUUUCUCUUCAAAUUCAAGAUUUAAAGAAAAGUGAUACCGACAAACAUUUGUUAGGGACGAUUGUGAAGAAAACAUUAUCCUCUGAAAAACGGAACCGGAAAAAGUUUGAGACUGUAUUGAAAGGUGCAGUUGAAAACAUCAACAAUUCUGUUAGUGAAAUGAGGACGGAAACAGAAAGCCUAAUGGAAAAAUAUAAUGAAACGUUUGUUAAAAGCUGUGAAAAGUCUAUUGAGGCGAUGAAGGAAGUUACGGUGAACAUUAACAAAACAAUUAAUGAAGAAAUUAACAUCAUAACCGAGUCUGUACAUGAUCUAUCAGAAGAACUGUCUGACGCAAAUAAAGAAGAUGGUAAAUGGUCAAGUUGGAAAAACUGGGGUUCAUGUAGUGCCAGUUGUGGAGGUGGUAUUCAAAGUCGGCUAAGAACAUGUUCUAACCCAAGACCAUCUUUAUUAGGAAGAUAUUGUGACGGAAGUCCCGACGAGACAAGAACUUGUAACAAACGCCAGUGUGAAGAAUUAAAAGUGGCAUUUACAGCAAACAACUUAGAUGCAAGCUCAUCAUCAGACACUAUCAUUGUGUUCAGAUCAGUAAACAUUAACUACGGCAAUGCAUACAGCACUUCUACGGGACAAUUUACUUGUAAAGUUCCCGGAUUAUAUCAUUUCUCUGUAACGCUAACAAAGGCUUAUCAUAAAGUGGGUCUUGUCAUCGCAAAUUUAAGGAUCAAUUAUAGUAUAAAAUCAAAGAAAAUGGAUAAAAUUAAUCUUGUCGGCAUUAUCAUUUCUACAAUUAUUGUUAAUAAAAUAAAUUGUGUCCCCUAUCGUGAUGAAAACACCAAGGAGCUACAAAAAGUUAUGCAGAAGGGGAUAUUUCAAAAUAGGUUCGAGAUUUCUAGAAUGAACUCCCGGCUUACAAGAUCAGAAGCGUCAAUGAAGAAUGUGACAAAUACAAAUAACAAGACAUCAAGUAAAGAAUCCAACGGGCUUUCAACAACUAAAAGCAACACUAUUGACACAUUAGAAGCUGAAGAGACAAGGGUUGGCAGUACAGACGUUCAUAAAGCAUCUAUACAAUCAAGACUUUUAAAGUUAAUUGAAACGAAACUUUCGUCACUUUCUCUACAAGUUCAAGAUUUGAAGAAACAUGAUGCAAAUAAAAAAGAUGGUGGAUGGUCAAGUUGGGAAAACUGGGGCUCCUGUAGUGAGAGUUGUGGGGGAGGAAUGCAAAGUCGUCUAAGGACAUGUUCUAAUCCAACACCAUCUUUACAAGGAAGAUAUUGUGGUGGAAGUCCCGACGAGAUGAGAAUUUGUAACAAACAUCAGCGUCCAGAAUUAAACGUGGCAUUUACUGCAUACCACAUUGAUACAAGCUCAAGGUCUGACACUACCAUUGUGUUUCAGAAUACACACAUCAACUACGGAGAUGCAUAUGACACAUCAACAGGACAAUUUACUUGUAUAAUUCCCGGCCUAUAUCAUUUUUCUGUGACGCUAACAAAAAGUCAUAUUGGUAAACUGAAUAAUAUUUGCGCAGAUUUAAGGAUCAAUUCAAGUCGUCAAUUGAGAAUGUACUGGGACCCAUAUGAGGACGAAAAACUUGAAUCUGAAGCGACCCCGUUAACACAGGCGGGAACAUUUCACUUAAAUAAAAAUGAUGUUGUAGAUAUUUACGGAAGUCCCUAUAAUAAGGUAUUUUGUUUGACAGAAUCCAACGGGCUUUCAACAACUAAAAGCAACACUAUUGACACAUUAGAAGCUGUAGAGACAAGGGUUGGCAGUACAGACGUUAAUAAAGCAUCUAUACAAUCAAGACUUUUAAAGUUAAUUGAAACGAAACUUUCGUCACUUUCUCUACAAGUUCAAGAUUUGAAGAAACAUGAUGCAAAUAAAAAAGAUGGUGGAUGGUCAAGUUGGGAAAACUGGGGCUCCUGUAGUGAGAGUUGUGGGGGAGGAAUGCAAAGUCGUCUAAGGACAUGUUCUAAUCCAACACCAUCUUUACAAGGAAGAUAUUGUGGUGGAAGUCCCGACGAGAUGAGAAUUUGUAACAAACAUCAGCGUCCAGAAUUAAACGUGGCAUUUACUGCAUACCACAUUGAUACAAGCUCAAGGUCUGACACUACCAUUGUGUUUUCAGAAUACACACAUCAACUACGGAGAUGCAUAAAUAAGGUAUUUUGUUUGACAGAAUCCAACGGGCUUUCAACAACUAAAAGCAACACUAUUGACACAUUAGAAGCUGUAGAGACAAGGGUUGGCAGUACAGACGUUAAUAAAGCAUCUAUACAAUCAAGACUUUUAAAGUUAAUUGAAACGAAACUUUCGUCACUUUCUCUACAAGUUCAAGAUUUGAAGAAACAUGAUGCAAAUAAAAAAGAUGGUGGAUGGUCAAGUUGGGAAAACUGGGGCUCCUGUAGUGAGAGUUGUGGGGGAGGAAUGCAAAGUCGUCUAAGGACAUGUUCUAAUCCAACACCAUCUUUACAAGGAAGAUAUUGUGGUGGAAGUCCCGACGAGAUGAGAAUUUGUAACAAACAUCAGCGUCCAGAAUUAAACGUGGCAUUUACUGCAUACCACAUUGAUACAAGCUCAAGGUCUGACACUACCAUUGUGUUUCAGAAUACACACAUCAACUACGGAGAUGCAUAUGACACAUCAACAGGACAAUUUACUUGUAUAAUUCCCGGCCUAUAUCAUUUUUCUGUGACGCUAACAAAAAGUCAUAUUGGUAAACUGAAUAAUAUUUGCGCAGAUUUAAGGAUCAAUUCAAGUCGUCAAUUGAGAAUGUACUGGGACCCAUAUGAGGACGAAAAACUUGAAUCUGAAGCGACCCCGUUAACACAGGCGGGAACAUUUCACUUAAAUAAAAAUGAUGUUGUAGAUAUUUACGGAAGUCCCAUGGUGGAUGGUCAAGUUGGGAAAAACUGGGGCUCCUGUAGUGAGAGUUGUGGGGGAGGAAUGCAAAGUCGUCUAAGGACAUGUUCUAAUCCAACACCAUCUUUACAAGGAAGAUAUUGUGGUGGAAGUCCCGACGAGAUGAGAAUUUGUAACAAACAUCAGCGUCCAGAAUUAAACGUGGCAUUUACUGCAUUACCACAUUGAUACAAGCUCAAGGUCUGACACUACCAUUGUGUUUCAGAAUACACACAUCAACUACGGAGAUGCAUAUGACACAUCAACAGGAAAAUUUACUUGUAUAAUCCCCGGCCUAUAUCAUUUUUCUGUGACGCUAACAAAAAGUCAUAUUGGUAAACUGAAUAAUAUUGGCGCAGAUUUAAGGAUCAAUUCAAGCCGCCAAUUGAGAAUGUACUGGGACCCAUAUGAGGACGAAAAACUUGAAUCUGAAGCGACCCCGUUAACACAGGCGGGAACAUUUCACUUAAAUAAAAAUGAUGUUGUAGAUAUUUACGGAAGUCCCUAUUAAUUUUAUAGUUCAUAUUAUUCUACAUUUACAGGAUAAUUGAUUACGUCUGAUUAUUGAGGAAAAUAUGACAACAACUAAACGAUAUACAUCUUUAAACU